UCUCAUUGUCACUUUAACAAAAAAUAACCUAAAUAAUUUCAUCUUCCUCCCAUCCCAAAAGAACCCAAAACAUGUCCUCGUCGGAUCAACACGCACCGACGAGUGAUCCACCGGGUCCGCCGUCAUCCUCCUGCAACUCCGGCCACCACCACCAACCGGAAACGCAAACGCAGCUGCAGCCACAACCGCAGCAGCUCAGCCGCUACGAGUCGCAGAAACGCCGCGACUGGAACACCUUCCUGCAAUACCUAAAGUCCCAGAACCCACCGGUCUCCAUGUCUCAGUUCGAUUAUUCCCACGUGCUCAGUUUCCUCAAGUACUUAGACCAGUUUGGUAAGACCAAGGUUCAUCACCCAUCAUGCGUGUUCUUCGGACAGCCCGACCCACCUGCGCCGUGCACGUGUCCCCUCCGACAGGCGUGGGGGAGUUUAGACGCUCUGAUCGGACGGCUGAGAGCGGCGUACGAAGAACACGGCGGAGGGUCGCCGGAAAACAACCCUUUUGGUAACGGAGCGAUUCGAGUUCACUUGAGGGAAAUGAGAGAAUCUCAGGCCAGGGCUCGUGGAAUCCCUUACAGGAAGAAGAAGAAGAGGAAGAACAAGGCUGGCGGCUUCAACCCAAAGAAUCCCGGAAAAAACGACGUCGUUGUCAAGAAGGAACUUCCAAACUCUUCGUCUCAUCACUCCACCACUUCUUGAUCAAAGACCCCAAAGCGGACGAUCAUGUAUAUACGUUCGUAUACACACACAGCGAGACUGGGAAAUCUCUAAUUCAUCAGAGUCUGGCACUAAUUAAAUACAGAGUUGACUGUAUAAUAUAUAUAUAUACAAAGAUCAGCAUAUAAUCUUUUUCUCGCAAUGAUUGCUACGAUUUUGGAAUACUAGGAUGAUUAGGAUAUAACGUUAUUUUAUUCCCUGUUGGCUUAUUUUUAUAAAUAUUUCUUUAAUAGAUUAUAAUUGAAAAAAAGGCCUAGGCAGGCCACUAAUGUUUAUGUAAUUUUUUUUUUCAUUUGUUAAGAAGCAUAGCAUAUAUAGCACAAGAACUUGUACUAUCUACCACCGUGUUUUUCACCGAUGAACCAAGAACCGAAUCAGCACCGCUCCCUCAACUCUUCUUCCAAUCUUGAAUCUCUGUUCGAAUGAUUGAAUACAAGACGAAGAACAAGAAAACAGGGAAAAGAACGAACACACAAGAGUUUUACGAGUUCAGUAUGAACAAUGUGUUCAUACCUACGUCUCGGGAGAGAUGGAAGAUUUUCACUAUGAUUUUUGGGAGCUUACAAAUUACAGGAAAUUAGGGAUUUUCAACUACAGUAUAUGAGUACUGAUUCAUGACCUUUUAUACACAGAGAAGCUUUCUUCGUUCUUGCUACUAAAGAUCAACUGAUGCCAAAAUACUUAUUUGCCCUUCUCGUCAUUAUCUGAUUAGGCAUCUCAAACCCUCCAGUGCACUUAGCGGGUUUCAAAACUCUGUUCUUAUUCAGAUGAGU